CAUGCCUGCUACUGGAUUCAGAUAAGAUCUUGACCGGUAGCGACGACACGAACAUCAAUAUGUACGAUGUACAGACCGGCGCGUUGCAAAAGAUAUUCCAGGGACAUGACGGUGGCGUGUGGGCAAUGAAGCAGGAGGGGGAUAUACUGGUGUCUGGUUCGACAGAUCGAACCAUACGAAUAUGGAGCAUUUCUUCUGGUGAAUGCCUCCAUGUCUUACGAGGGCACACAUCUACCGUCUGUUGUCUUGCCAUAUUGAACCCUGCCACGACUUCCGAUGGCCUAGUAAUGCCGGAACGACCCUUGAUUAUUAGCGCCUCGCGAGACUCGACUCUAAGAGUUUGGCAACUUCCCAAUCCUGAUGACCUUCCAACCUAUCAAGCCAAUUCUUCGGGCGACGAUGUUAGUAGCGCUUACCUGCUAAAUGUUCUCACUGGCCACCAAAACACCAUACGUGAUAUAGCCGCCCAUGGCGACACUAUCGUUAGUGGUUCAUUCGAUUGUACUGUCCGUGUUUGGAGAAUUCCAACGGGCCAAACAGUGCAUCGACUUGUAGGACAUACACAGAAGGUCUAUACGGUGGCUCUUGAUCACGAGUCUAGACGAUGCGUCUCCGGUUCAAUGGAUAACUCGGUCAAAAUAUGGUGCCUCGAUACAGGAAGCUGCUUAUUCACCCUCCAAGGUCACACAUCCUUGGUCGGCCUUUUGCAGUUUAGCCACGGAUUUCUGGUCAGUGCUGCAGCAGACGGCACCCUACGCAGCUGGAAUCCUGAUGACGGGACAUGUAAGAUCGUCUUUUCAAAACGUGGCGGAGCAAUCACAUGCUUCCAGCACGAUAGUCAAAAAGUGAUUGGUGGCUCGGAUCGAACGCUCAAGAUGUGGGACAUCAACACCGGCGAACACUUGCGCGAGCUGCUCUCGGACCUUACCGGAGUCUGGCAAGUCCAAUUCGACGAAAGGAGAUGUGUUGCUGCGGUACAGAGAAACCAGCUUACGUAUAUCGAGGUACUGGAUUUUGGCGCGCGCCGAGAUGGUAUGCAGGACCGAGGACGCCGUAUCGUGGUCGACGCACAUGGAUGCGAGAUCGAAGGCCUUUAAUAGACUUGCCACCACGAGGGGAGAUCUGAAACUUCCUGAUUGUCGUUAAGCAGAUUGUGCUUGACAAUUCUGUAUAUCACUUUUUUCUGACUGAUUGAUUGAAGUGUAGAUGUCCGUAAAACGCGUAUUCGCAUCAGUAUCACUGACCUGUCUGUUUUCUCUCUCACUUCCCGCCGCUGUAUCAAAAUACAACAAAAAAUGGGUGAGAUUAACACCAACGCAUUAAGUGUCUCGCUCAGAGUCUGUACACUCACCUCAGUUGACGGAGGCCGAGGCAGAGGAUGCAGAGUCGAGCCCAGUAGCAGGCUUUGAUGUCUUUUAUAAUUGGGCAGUGAAAACGACCUUCCAAGUUCGGCAACAUCGUGGGAAACUCUUGUG